UUUCCUCAGCGCAUCUGUAACCACCCGGGCCAGUGCGAGCUAGGUGGCUGCCGGCUCGCCAGAGACGCCAUGUACCGGCUCCUGUCAGCCGUAACGGCCCGGGCUGCGACACGCGGGGCCUGGACGUGGGGCUGCGGGCGGCGCGGGGCUCACCAGCGCGCCAGGUUGCCGCAGCUCGGCCCCGGCUGGGUCGGGGGCCUCGGGCUGGGGCUAGGGCUGGCGCUCGGGGUGAAGCUGGCGGGCGGGCUUAGGGGUGCAACCCCCGCGCCGCCCCCCGCGACCCCCGAUCCUGAGGCGUCGCCUCUGGCCGAGCGGCCGCCCCCGCAAGAGGAGUCCCUCGCCGGAUGGUCUCCGCAAAAACCAGCGCCGCCCACCUCCAGGCGUUUCGCCAGAGCCAUCGACAGCAGCCGUGACCUGCUGCACAGAAUCAAGGAUGAGGUGGGCGCACCUGGUAUAGUGGUUGGAGUCUCUGUAGAUGGAAAAGAAGUCUGGUCAGAAGGUUUAGGUUAUUCCGAUAUUGAGAACCGUGUACCAUGCAAACCAGAGACGGUUAUGAGAAUUGCCAGUAUCAGCAAGAGCCUCACCAUGGUAGCUCUUGCCAAAUUGUGGGAAGCAGGGAAACUGGAUCUUGAUAUUCCAGUACAACAUUAUGUUCCUGAAUUCCCAGAAAAAGAAUAUGAGGGUGAAAAGGUUUCUGUCACAACAAGAUUAUUGAUUUCCCAUUUAAGUGGAAUUCGUCAUUAUGAAAAGGACAUGAAAAAAGUGAAAGAAGAGAAAGCUUAUAAAGCCUUGAAGAUGAUGAAAGAGACGAUGGACUCUGACCAAGAAAAAGAGUUAAAAGAAAAAGGAGGCAAAAGUAAUGAAAAGAAUGACUUUGCUAAAGCUAAGAUAGAGCAGGAUAAUGAAGCCAAAGGCCGGAAUUCAAAACCUGUCAAGAAAAAAAAUGAUUUUGAACAAGGUAGUCAGUUUUUGUAUUCAACUUUUGGCUAUACCCUACUGGCAGCCAUAGUUGAAAGAGCUUCAGGAUAUAAGUAUCUGGACUAUAUGCAGAAAAUAUUCCAUGACUUGGAUAUGCUGACAACUGUGCAGGAAGAAAACGAACCAGUGAUUUACAAUAGAGCAAGAUUUUAUGUUUACAAUAAAAAGAGACGUCUUGUCAACACACCUUACGUGGAUAACUCCUAUAAAUGGGCUGGUGGUGGAUUUCUGUCGACAGUGGGUGACCUUAUCAAAUUUGGGAAUGCAAUGCUGUAUGGUUACCAGGUCGGGCUGUUUAAGAACUCAAAUGAAAAUCUUUUACCUGGGUAUCUCAAACCAGAAACAAUGGUUAUGAUUUGGACACCAGUCCCUAACACGGAGAUGUCUUGGGAUAAAGAGGGUAAAUACGCAAUGGCAUGGGGUGUUGUGGAAAAGAAACAAACAUACGGUUCUUGUAGGAAGCAGCGGCAUUAUGCCUCCCAUACUGGAGGUGCAGUGGGUGCCAGUAGUGUCCUGCUGAUCCUUCCUGAAGAACUGGAUGCAGAAUCUAUAAAUAACAAGGUUCCCCCAAGAGGAAUAGUUGUUUCUAUUAUAUGUAACAUGCAAUCUGUUGGCCUCAAUAGCACUGCUUUAAAGAUUGCUCUGGAAUUUGAUAAAGACAGAUCAGACAUACCUUAACAUCACAGGUGUAAAAUGAACUGUUUUGUUUUCUAAAACGUUAACUAAAGUUCCAAAACACAUGAGAUUUUUAAGAAUAAAUUUGUACUAGAGUAUAAUUGAAUGCAGAGAGUUAUAUACCUCUAAUUGCUUAAUUUUGUAAUUGUCUUUUACUGUAGGAUUAGUGCUUUAUACUCAGGGAAGUAUAACUAUUGUGUUUACUUUUUGAAAAAAAAAUGUUAACUCUCGAAAUAAAACAUUCUGAUAAAAAUAUGUACUUUUGAAUAUGGAAUAUAGAGAAAUCUCAUUUAAUAAGAACCUGUAAAUAUUGUUCUUUUUUUUUGCUUUUUUUUUUCACCCACCCCCUCACCCCCUCCCUUUUGGUAACUAUCAGCUUGUUCUCUAUAUCUAUGGAUC